AUGUCGAGCAUCAUCAAGCGCCUCGAGAUCCCCGCCGAGCAGGGCGGCUCUCGCAUCCUCGACUCGCCCGACCUGCGCUCGACGCCGCUCGACAAGCGCACCUGGAACAAGCGGUUCUUCAGCCUGUUCUGGCUGGCCGCCGUCACCAACGUGUCCAACUGGUCCGCAGCAAGCUCCUUCCUGGCCCUCGGCGUCACGCCGUUCGAGGGCUUAGGCUGCAGCUGCGCCGGCUUCGCUCUAGUGUCGCUCUGGAUGAUCGCCUGCGGUCGUCCCGGCGCCAAGUGGGCCGUGCCCUUCCCUAUCUGCUGCCGCUCGUCCUUCGGCGUCUUUGGGGCGGCCUGGCCGGCGCUGAACCGCGCGUUUAUGAGUAUGGUCUGGCAAUCGAUAAACGCCGUUUCGGGCGCUCAGGCCCUCUACAUCACGCUCCACGCCGUCUUCCCGUCCUUCUCGCGCAUCCCGAAGAACACGAUGGGCCCGAACUCGGCCCUCACCUCGGCGCAGAUGAUCUGCUUCUUCCUUUUCCUCGGCCUCAACGCGUCGAUGCUCACGCUCGGCGUGCACAAGUGGCACCGGAUCGUCUACAUCAAGCUCGUCGUGUUCGCCAUCAGCACGGCCGGCAUGCUCGCCCUCGUCAUCACCAAGGCCGGCGGCGGCGUCGGUACCGUCCUGACAGCGCCGUCCAAGGUCCAUGGGUCCGAGCACGCCUGGCUCCUCGUCCGGAUGAUCCUCACCUCGGCGGCAUCGUGCUCGACGUUCGCCUCGAACGCCUCGGACUGGCAGCGCAACUCGACCCGACCCAACGACCCGAUCCUCGGCCAGCUCCUCGGCUUUCCUCUCAGCAACCUGUUCGUCAACGCCAUGGGUCUCAUUUCUGCAAGCUGCUCAGAGGUCAUCUAUGGCGAGGUUAUCUGGCUCCCGACGGCGUUCCUCGCUCGCCUGCUCGAGGACAACUACGACGCCAAGCACCGUGCGGCGGCGUUUUUUAUCAGCACCGGCUUCUUGUACAGCCUCCUCUUCUCCUGCCUCGUCGAGAACAUCUAUCCCUGCGGCAACGACUUGGCCGCCCUCUUGCCGCGCUUCAUCUCGGUCAAGCGUGGCUUCUACAUCUGCAUCGCCGCUUCCUGCCUUCUCAACCCGUGGUACCUCCUCGGCAGCGCCUCGAUGUUCAUCACCGUCCUGUCGAGUUACCAGAUCUUCCUCUUCUCGAUCUGCGGCAUCCUCAUCACCGACUACUUCCUCGUCGCAAAGGGCUUCUUCAUCUACGAAGACCUCUACACUCGCCGCAAGGACGGCGCCUACUGGUACUCAUGUGGCUGCAACUGGCGGGCCUUUGUCGCCUACUUCGUCGGCGUCGGAGUCAAUUUUGCCGGCUUCCUCCAGAACCUCGGAGUGUUCUCGAACCUGCGCCUCGCCCACAGCUACUACUUUGCCAUCUUUACGUCGACUUUUGGCGCCGGCGCGACCUACUACGUCCUCACGCGGCUGUGCCCGCAACCGAACGCGCGCGACACGUGGUCCGAGCCCAAGGGCGUCUGGGUCCCGCCCGAGUGCCAGAUGGGCGCCGUCCAGGUCGACGGCGAGGAUGCCGUCAGCGAGGACAAGGAGAAGGAGGACGGGUCGGCGGACGUCGUCGAGGUGCCGCGGUACGAGCUGCGGGGCUGA